CUGGAAUGCAGGGAUGGGGAUGGGAGCUGGAGCAAAUCAGGGUGCACAUGGCUGCUGCUGCUGUGGAUGGGAGCUGGAGCUCAUCAGCAUUUCGGGAUUUUUAGGGAGUCCUAAAGCACAAACUCAACUCUGAUCUUCCUUUGAUAGCGUUGGGGGUUUAUGUGAUCUUCGUUCUGGAAGCCUCAAUGAUAUUGAAUUUUGAGUUUCUGAGGACUUUCUGGGCUUUCUGAAGGUUUCUUUUCACUGCUAGGACAGAGAACUGGAGUUCACGUGUCCUGGAAUGCUGCAGUUGGAUGCUUGGGAUCAGACAGCAGCUUUAUCUGGGGAUCUUUUGGGAUGCCUGGAAAAUAAGGCACAGGAUGGGUGGAAGUCCCGAGGUUUUCAGGGGGAUUGGCUGGGUUCCUGUGGCUCUCAGUGUUUGUUUUAGACCUACUUGAGGUGUAAACGAUUGUGCCAGAUCCCUUCACAUUGUGUGAGGGGGAAUUGGGUUUCCUUCAACAUCCUUUAGUUCCAAAUCUCUGCAGUGAUGGCUGUGGAAGGGCUGUAGAAGGCUCCUGCUGUUCCAUGCGUUUAUGUUUGGGGCAGCCCCUUUUUCUCCCUCUAAGCCAGGAUCUGUGUGCUGUUAACAAUUAAUAAUUAGGUGCACUAGGAAUAUUAAUAAAUGCAUCAAAAUUGAAUUGAUAAUGGCUGCUGGGCUCCAAUCAGAUGGGUAUGUGCUCCUAAUUCCGUAUAUUUAUAAUUUACUGGGGAAAUGGGAGUCUGUGUGUUUCAGGUGGGUGAGGUGCUGCCUGUGAUAUUUCCUGGUUAGAAGGCCAGGACUGUGGGAAGCACUGAGUGGUUUUGGCCCUCUCGAGCAGGUGAGGCUUCCUGUGACCCCACAGUGGCCCUGUUCACACUCCUCUGACACAGGUACCACCUUCAGACAGCACAGCUGUGCCUUGGCUUUUCCAAGGGGUGGAGGAGGCUCCUCUGGGCACGGGGGAGCCGAUGGAAAACCCUGCAGCUCCUGCUGGGAGCGAUGCUCCUGUGACCACUGAAAUUACUGUGAGAGUUACCUGGAACUCUGAGAGCACUGAACUGAUACCUGAAAUCUGCCAGCAGCUCUGAAGGAGUUCUGUGUGUUGGUUUGACACCGAUUUCUCCUUAUCCAGCCUCUGAGUGUGCAUGACUGGGCUCAGAGAAGGAGGUUACUCUGUGUCUGAGCCCCUCGGGGUCCCUACCUGCCUGUCCCCCAGCCAGCACAAGGCUUCUCUUGGCUGCCUCCCGGAGCUUUGCUGACCUUGGGGUUUUUCCAUCUGCUUACGUUUCCAUUUCUGGAAAAGGGUUCGUUUCUCCCCUCGCAAGUUUGGUUAAAUUCUCUUCUGGAUUUUUUGCUUUGAUUCUGUUUCAGAGAGGUUGUCUACUCCAGGAAAUCUGUCACAAGCUUUUGGUUAGGAUUUUGGUUGCAGAAUAAUUCGACUUAAUAUUAAAAUUGAAUGCUGUAAAACUCUUGAGUGCCUGCAUUUUUGUUAAUUGAAUAUGCUUAAGUGUAAUUUAAAUGUAAUUACAAUAAGAAAAAUAUCCUUUGCCUUGUUCCAGAAUGAGAAUUUUCUUCAAUAGCCAAUUUUUAGGAGUUGCUGGAGGAGAAUCUUUGAUCCACGUUUGCUGGAAGUAGCAUGAGCAAGAGAGGAAGCUGUGCUGAGGAGGAGAGCUUUGUCAGCUCGUGGAUCCCAGCGAGUGUUCCCAACCUUUGUCACUCUGUAAAGCUUUAACCUCGUCAUGAAAGUUCCCGAUAGCAGCUGGGAGGAUCGUGCUGCAGCCAAUCCCACGGGCUCGGCGUUUGUAGCCUCAGUUAAAUAAGCAAGAAUUGAUAUUUUGGCUUUCUCUUCUGAAGAGCCGCUGGCCAGGACGGAGCGGGUUUGCUCAUGGAGCGCAGCAUGAAUUUCCCAAAAGCUGAUGUAAAUUAGGGACUUUUUAUCCUCUCCAGUCCGUGGGGUUUUGCUGUUGAGUGAGAGCAGGGCUGGAGCCUGCUGGGCUGUUACAGCUCACUGUUUCUAGCACAAGGGGAAGUGGCCCACGCUCUGUUCCAGGUGUGUGUCUCAGCCAUUGUGUUUGUGAUCCAUUCACCACUUCAUCAGCGUUGCUUUCAGUCCCAAUCACCUCCAGAAAUGCAGUAACCACCCUGAAGUGUUUCAGUUUCACUUUAUCACAUUUAUUUCUUCAAAUUACUUUAGGCCUGAGCUCAGUGCUGCCCUCAGAGAUGUAGGUAGUGAGGCAUAGUUUAUUUUUAGAAAAGAAUGAAUCAUCUCUUGGAUGUGUCUUGUCUCUUUAUGCUUUGUUGAGAAGUAAAUUCAAGGAACUGGGACCUGCUGGCUCUGGAUCUGUGAGCAGGAGCCCAUGUGGGCAGGUGAGACGCUGCCCCAGGAGUGACCAGAAGCUGAGCAGAACUUAGUUUGGAACUGCAGAACUGCAGUGACAAAGCCUGUGGGUGCAGCAGGUUACUGAGUUUUGCUUUGCAGGCUGGAUUUUUGGGGAGCAACUACUCAAAUCUGCAAAGGGAAAUACACGUGUGUCCUUUCACCCUGAACUAUUUAGUUUCCAGCUCUGCUCCUGGGCAAAGAUUAACAGGAGGGGAAGACUGUGUUGCUAUGUGGAUUAAAUCAGUUGUGCGUGGGGGGUUUGAAUCUCAGAGCUUUGCAAAAACCCUGGUCUUUGUUUUGCUUCUCACAUGGUUGUCUUGAACCUCUCCAGUGUUUGGAGACUUCUUGUUACUGAGCUGGGGCUUGUCCUUGCAGCAAACAGCUCUGGCACGAGGUGUGACCUUGGCAGAGGAAUUAUCUCUAAAGCUAUUGCAACUGCUUCCUUAUCCUUGUGCUGUGUGUUUGAGGCCUGGUGGUGAGCCACUCCUUAACUUCAGAAUCCAGGAGCCUGGCCUCUGACAUAUCCAACUUGCUUAUCUGUGCCUUUUUGGAUAUGAGCUGGAUUAAUGGCUUUCACCUUUUAAAGUCCAGCAAAUUGCAGCAGUGAAGUGGAGCAUCGUUCAGUGGCUGGAGGAACUGUUUCAGCUGCUUGUGGGGUGUUGGGAUAUCUUGGGGGGAGAAUUUUUGCAAAAGGGUAGUUUUAUUCACUACCCUGUAACCAUAGUUGUUUCUUCAUUAUGUGGAAGAAACAAAAGCCAUGUUUUUCCUCUGUGCUGCUGCUGGAUUGCUGGAUUCCUCACCCAAAUGCCUUUGAGCAGCUCUGGGAGAGGGAUAUUGAAGGACUCUAUCUUGUGCUGUGGGAAUGAGCAUUUCUCUGUGUCAGGGGCCAGGCUGGAGUCUUGCAGUUCUUCUUGUCUGUCUCAUAUGUAACCCUCUCACUCUAAUUAUGGUCCUUGCUGCCCAGACCCAAAGUGAGAAGAUCCUGUUCUCUCCCCAGCAGGCUGGGAUGGUGUGUAAGUUUGUCUUGGCAAUUCAAAAUCUUUUCAUCUCCUUGGUUACAAGUUUAAGGAAAUGAUUAGUGUCUGUUGAUGUGUGUAAGAUUCCUGGGGGCAUGGGGUAAGUUCAGGAGGAAUCCUGGCACAGCACAGGUGAUGCUUGGUUAGUACAGAUGUCACUAAUUCCGUUAAGUUAUACAGUUUCUUCUCCUUGACAUAUGUUUUUUUACCUUCCUUUCUAGGAAGGGGUCUGGAGGAGGGAAAAUUUCCCUUUCUGGUGAAAGGGACUGGAGCAUUAUGACAGUCAAGUCUUUAAAAGCUUAUGAGUUCCCAGAGUCCUUGCCGAGUAGCCGCUGCCUCCGCUGAUGUUGUCGGAUGUCAAUAAAGAGAGGUUGAAGGCAACACUUCUAAUGGAGCAGGUAACAUCGAAAGGUGCUGGCUUGAACCCCAACGCAAAAGUGUGGCAAGAAGUGCCCCAGGGCAGCGGUGAGGCCGUGCCCCCCACCAAUGGCACAGAGCACACGUGGCAGGAGACAGCAGCGGCCCAGGGGACUCCAGCCGAGGGUAACAUAGAGAUCUCAGAAGACAGCUGCAAACAGUAUGAAGUGAUGUAUUCCCCAUCCUGUGAAGCCACAAGGAAUGGCACAGGAGUUGAUGAGGCGUCAGCAAAUGGAAUUGUCCUGGCGACUGAAGAUCUGGGAUACCAAAUCUAUGAAGUGUCUGGUGACAGCAGCUCCACGGUGUCCACAGAAGACAUUAGAGAAUGUUUGAGAAAACAGCUUGAAUUCUGCUUCUCGCGAGAGAAUCUUUCAAAGGAUCUUUACUUGAUGUCUCAGAUGGACAGUGAUCAGUUCGUUCCAAUAUGGACAAUUGCCAACAUGGAAGGGAUUAAGAAGCUGACAACGGAUAUGGACCUUAUUCUUGAAGUUUUGAGAUCUUCUCCUAUGGUACAAGUGGAUGAGAGGGGGGAGAAAGUCAGACCAAACCACAAACGAUGUAUUAUCAUCCUCCGUGAGAUCCCUGAAACAACACCUAUAGAGGAGGUGAAGGCUCUGUUCAAGAAUGAGAACUGCCCCAAGGUGAUAAGCUGUGAGUUUGCUCACAACAACAACUGGUACGUUACAUUCCAGUCGGACACAGACGCGCAACAGGCGUUCAGAUACUUAAGGGAAGAAGUGAAAACCUUUCAGGGCAAGCCAGUAAUGGCCAGGAUAAAAGCCAUCAACACGUUUUUUGCUAAGAAUGGUUACCGGGUGGUGGAUUCCAGUGUGUAUCCCCAGCCUGUGCAGACCCAAGCCCAGUUUGCCUCCCCCCUGUUUAUGCAGCCUGUAUAUAGCCCUCAGCAGUACUCGAUUUACAGCAUCGUGCCUCAGACGUGGUCUCCAAAUCCUGCACCUUACUUUGAGACACCACUGGCCCCGUUUCCCAACGGUGGAUUUGUGAAUGGCUUUAAUACACCAGGAUCAUAUAAAACAAAUGCUGCUUCUCUGAGUAUAGGUCGCCCAUUCCACAGGAAUCGGGUGAAGCCCCAUUUCCGCUCCUCCAGCAGCUCGGAGCACCCCGAGGGGCCGCCCGGCGCCGGGGCCCUGCCCAUGGGGGACCUGAGCAGGACCAGCUCGAGGAAUUUCGUCAUGGAGAGACACAGCAGCUCCUUAACUGGGCACCAAGAGCAAGGGUACUCCCAGAAGGAUUCUCCCACGGCACAGCUGGAGCAGAACGGCGAUUACGGCGUCGGCAGGGGCAGGAGGAACGUGUUCAGGGGUCGGAGGAGACGGGAGGACGAGCGGGUUUCAAGACCUCAGCCUUCAGCAGAAACAAAGACUCAGACACCAAAGUUUGACUUGCUUGCGUCCAAUUUCCCACCUUUGCCUGGCAGCACAGCAAAAAUCCUGGGAGAGCCUGUGCUGGAGAGCAGGAUGUCCGACAUCGUUAAAGGAGUCUGCAAAGAGAAGGAAAGCAAAGACUCCCUGUCCCCCUGCCUGGCUCCUGCUCCGGACGAACAAACGCCCAGCGCUGCCCAACCAGCCGUGCCCAGCGUGAGCUCCCCGAGCCAGACUGAGCCUGUGGUGCUGAGCACGGUUCAGCCAGAGAGCAAACCAGAAGAAGUGUCUGCUCCGAAGGACGUGGCCAGCCCGGCUUCUCCGCCGGCAUCCGUCUGUCCCACCAGUGCUGCCAAGCCACCGAGGACAAACACCUCCUCUCCUUCUGCUCAAACAAGCGCAGCUCCUGCUCUGUCCACACAGGAGCCACGCAAGCUCAGCUACGCCGAAGUUUGCCAGAAGCCUCCAAAGGAGCCACCUGCAGUCCCUGUGCAGCCUCUGAGGGAGCACCGCACCAACAUCGUCCCCCCUGCCAAAAACGACGAGAACGGCACGUCGGAGAAGGCUCCGGAGAAGGCUCCUCACGAGAGGCCCGAAGGUCGAAUGAAGGAUUACUCCGGGUUCCGCGGCAGCGGGGCUCCCAGGGGAGCUGCUGCCAAAAUCAGGGAACAGAGGCGCCAGUUUGGACGCAGAUCCUCGCCUCAGGGAGCGCCGCGCCGCGCCGGCAAGGAGCAGUACGUGCCACCCCGCUCACCAAAGUAACGCUGGGCCAGCCAAUGAUUCUCUGUUUCACUUGAGCUGUGGACUGAAGAGCAGCAGAGAGACCGAGGAGGGAAGGAUUCGGGAAGGGGAAUACUGAACUGGAGCGUGGGCUUGUGUGGAGAGGUUGUGGAGGGUCCCAAAAUUCAUCUCUGAAAGUGAUUUCACAAAUGCUGGAGGAUUCCAAUCACUAUAAAUAUAGAGAUUAUAAUUUUUGUAUUUUUGUUUUUAAUUUGCAGAGGGUUUCCUGCUUGAAAUCAGCUUUGGGAUUGCGAAAGUAGCGUUUUGACAAAGUGAAAGAAUACGAGUUGACAAAUUAACCUGUCCCUCGGUGUAGGAGGAAAAAGGAUAAGAGAAUAUUAUUUUUGGAAAAUGAGCAUUUCUGUAAAAUUAGAACUUUUUUUAACCUAUUUAAGGUUUGGCUUGUGGGCUGGUGUGUCUGCCAUGGAUGGCCUGGCUUUGCAGAGGCCUCUGCAGCAGCAUGAGCGGAGCGAGUGCAGCCAGAACCGUUGUCAUCACUUAGUCACUGAUGAUGAAAACUGAAUGUACUACUGUAGUAACCCAUGUGUUUCCAGCUUGAAGUAGAGUCUCUUGACCUUACUAAUAUUUCAUUCAGCAAGCUUUUUAAGGUGUAGGUUUUGCAGGAUACUGGAUUGUAGAGGAGAGUGCGUGGACAGCAGAAAUCGUCUCGUAGACGCGGUGGAAGGAGGCAAAGGGAGCACGUGAGAAUCUUUAUUGUGCCCGUUUUCCCUGCCUCCUUUUGAGGGCGACUCCUUAGGUUUGGGGUUUUGUUUGUUUGCUUUUUCCCUCUCUUGUUACUUUCUCUAAUUUCUUCAUGACAGACUUUAGUGCAUUUUUCUUGGUGUGUUUUCCUGAGGCAGCCCCAGGGUAGGUGCAGGAAGGGCAGGUGACUGCACAGCACCUGCACAGGUAAAGAGCCUGGAAUUCCCGCUGCAGCUGUGGAAUUCUGCCUUGCAGGUGGGAAGCUCUGGGCACUCACUGUCAUCUCUUGAUGACAAACCAGAGCUGUGGCUGGGUUUUCUCUGUGCUGACUCUGGAAUGGGCUGUUGGCUGCUGUAUUGCCAGAAAUCAGGGUUUAGACUCCUGGGAACUCGUUGUUUACAGCUGAUGUCAUAGCAACUGACUCCUUUUUAACUGUUUAAAGUGGAACUAAAGAUGCAGAGUUGAAGAAAUCCCCCUUCUGUUCCGAGAAGCUGCUGGAGCAGUGGCUCCUUGCCAGCUGUGUGCUGACUGAAUGUGCAACACUAUUGUGCAGUAAGUGGUUAAGUUUCAGGGUGAUUAAUGGAAAUAGGAACAUUCAGCGCAUUAAUCUGCCAAAAUCAGCAUACCAGGGUUCAAAGUUCUGUAUAAAGCGUUAGGGAAAAGCAGCUUCCAGCAGCAGUAAGAAUCACAUCUUUAUUUUUUCCUCUUUUUUUUUUUUUUUUUUUUUUUAAAAUUUUUUUUUUUUUUUUAGUGAAUAGCAAGUGUACAAAUUUAAAGUUGUAAGUUGUGAACACUGGAAAACUCAAUUGUGAUAUAUUCCGUAACCAUCUUAGUAAUAUAUGCUCGUGUUGCCAUAGAAUGAAUGUAAGUGGCAGUUAAAAUAACUGUGAAAUUUUUUCAUCUUCUGAUUUCUUAGCCAGAUAACCCUUGGCGACUUGGGCCUCAGUAGGAAUUCUCUAUCAACUGCUUGGAGAACACUCAUAUCUAUUUUUAUAAAUAUAUAUAUAAAGCCAGAGUUGUCAUUUCUCUAACUUAUUAUUCAGCUUGGCAAUUGCUUUGAGUUGAUUCAUAACACAAUAUAAUGUAUUUAUGCAGUUAACUGUUCAUUUCUACGCAUGUUCUAAAGAGAGAGAGAAUCAUAGAAUGGGCUGAGUUGGAAGGGACCCAUCAGGAUCGUGGAUUCCAACUCCUGGCCCUGCAGACACCCCAAUAAUCCCACCCUGUGCCUAAGAGCAUUGUCUAAAUUCUUCUUGAAUCAGACAGGCUUGGAGCUGUGAGAAAGGAUCUUUUCCUGAUAUCUCCCACCUCAACCUGCCCCAACUCAGCUUCCUGCCAUUUCCUCGGGUCCUGAAGUAUGUACACAUAUAUAUUUAUAUAUAAAAAUAUAUAUAGAUACAUGUAUUUAUAUAUAUAAAUAUAUAUAGAUAGAUAUAUAGACCCCAAAAUCACUAUUCACUUUGAAACUACCUGUACUGGGUUUGGGAGGUGUUUUGUUUUGUUUUGUUUUUAAUUUAGUGAAAAAAAAAAAAUAUCUUUGAUCACAUCCACAGUUUAGGGAUUCUUACAAACCCUUCUCUGUUUAUUUUGAUAAUGCUACUCUUGUUGGAAUGAUAAGGAAGUUUAAACAUUUAGUAUCCAAAGUCCUGAAAUGCAACGAAUGCCAAGUUUAAUUCAUUUUAAAGGCUCUAAACAAUUCCUGCAGCCAAACUGGAGCAGGAAAGCCUGCAGGAUGGUUCAUGGGUGUUUAGGACGUGUUCUGGGACGUUGAGGAAGCUUUGGGAUGCUGACAGUUUGAAGGAGGGAUUGGGAGAGAAGGGGCUGGUGCAGAUAUUGCUCAGAAUUCCCUGAUCCAGUGUCAGUGACUUGUGCUGAGAGGACCUGAAGGGUGAAAUGGAAUUUUGUCAUGGAUGUGGGGGAAAGCCAGCCAGCUGUGGCUCCAUCUUCCUCGCAGGGUGAUGGGGAAGGGCUGCUCCGAGCCCGGGGUGCUCCCACAGCAGCUCCUGCCUCUGGGGCAGGGCUGAAGGUCAGGCUGGAGCUCUCAGCUUCCCCCAGCAGAUCCAAACUUCUCUCAGCUUAGCUCACUUGGAAUGAUUUGUUUCACACCUGAGUGCAAGGAUUUCACCUGAGCAUUUCCCUUCCACCAUUUCCAGCUGUGGUUUGGGGUUGGUUUGGUUUUUUUUUUUCCUUUCUAUUCUUUUCUGUGCAGGGGGAAAUUCCCAGCUGGAGGCUGUGAAGCUUUAGUGGGGUGGGAGUUCUCCCCAGCACUGCGACCUUGCCUUUUCCUCCCUGUGCUGGGCUGGGGAAGCAUCCUGUGUGUGUCCCCACCAGUUUACCUGCUGGGCAGACUGGGCAGACUGGGGCAGAGGGGUGGUUUGGGGGCAGAGCCGCUGCUGGGGCAGCUCCUGCACUGAUGGCAGCGAGGUUUCUGUGUCAGCAGCGCUGUCCCUGUCUGUCCCUGUCCCCAGCCCCAAGUGACCACAGCUCCCCGUGCUCCCCUCUGGCUUUACCCUCACGGGGUGCAAAUCCUCCUGCUCUGCUAAGAUCAGAUAGCAGGAGGUGCAAAUCAAAGAGAACUUUCAGUUUUAGGAACUGUGACUUGUUUUCAGAGUUGUUGACUUCCAUUAGGGACAGAAAUACAUUUCCCAGCUGGGUUCUUUUCCAAAUUGGGUGGAAAAGAUUGGGGCACGCUCUCGGUGCUUCUGCUGGGGAGUGAAAAGAGGAAAUUCUUUGCAUGUGAUAGUAAAAUUUAAAAGUGCAAAAAAGGUUUUGUUUCUUUUGAUUUCUAACAUUAAGUUAGUUUUAUAGUAUCUUACAUUCCUGCUCUUGUUGUUUUGUUUUUGUUUUUUUUUUUAAUUAGCCUGGCACAGUAUGAUGGUGCAGUUUUAGCUGUAGAAAAAAAAAAAAGAAAAUUAAAAAAAAAAAAAGUAACCCACUAUUAACCAGAAGAGAAAGGUGAUACUGUGGCAGAUCAGUAGCAAAUAAGUGACUUAAUCAAUGCUUUACUGUAGUUAAAUAGCUAUGGCCUUACUACUUUGUCAAUAUCAGCUUAAUUGUCUUGAAAACUGUCUGCGAUUUUUACUGUUCCCAGGUGAGUUUACCUGGGCUGAGAUAUCUGGUAUGUACAGAUGAUAUUUUAAAUUUGUAAAAUGCACCAUUGUAUUACAGACGAUGCAACAGAAAUGCACUUCGGGGGGAAAUGGCUUCUGAUGAGUUUUUUUGUAAAUCCUUGAUUACUACAGAUAUGCAAUAGAGUUUUUUUGUUUCUAAUUUUGAUAUUUCCUUCUGAAACGUAAGAUUGUUGCCAUUAAUCUGAAUGAUUUAUCAUGCUCUUCUUUGCGUGUAUAUAUUCCAUAUAGUCUGAGCUUCCUUUAGGAUGGUAUAUAAUUUUGGGUUGUUGUAGUAUUUUAGUUGGCUCUUCAGUGCCUUUAGCACAGGCACUUCAAGAGGUUCAUUGAGUCUGUUUUUAAUGUACAGUUGGGAGGACUUGAAAUGGAGUUAAAGCAACUUAUUUCUGAGAAAAAAAAAAAAAUCCAUCUGCAAACUAACCUGUAACAACUUUAAAAUUUUAUAUUUAAGAACCAGAUGUUUAUUUUUAUGGAACUUCAGUUAUGGAUACAGUUUCCAAAAAAAAAAAAAAAAUGCAACUUCAAAUGUAAACAGACUGUGCAUAAAUGGGUUUUGUUCUAAUUUUUAUAGAAUACAAAAUAUUCAGAUAAUAUAUUGAGCUCGAGUUACUACAGACAUCUUGUUCCUCCCGGAUGAAUCCAGCUUCCCCUUGGCAUUGACGAUCUCUCUUCAAAGUGGUAGGAAAAGGAGAAAAAAGCGAUUUAUCUGGCUUUUAGACUGUCUGUUCUGGUUUAUUCCUGUUGUCAAAAUGUCCAAAACAAAAUUUGUGUAAAGUA